GUGGUUGAGGCCGUGCACCGGCUGGAUCUCAUCCUUGGCAAUAAGGCAGCUUAUCAGGACGUGUUCAAACCAGAGAACAUCAGCCUGAGGAACAAGCUGCGGGAGCUGUGCGUGAAGCUGAUGUUCCUGCAUCCUGUGGAUUAUGGAAGAAAAGCAGAAGAACUGCUCUGGAGAAAGGUUUACUAUGAAGUUAUCCAGCUCAUUAAAACAAAUAAAAAGCACAUCCACAGCCGCAGCACCCUGGAGUGUGCCUACAGGACCCACCUGGUGGCUGGCAUAGGCUUUUACCAGCACCUCCUGCUCUACAUCCAGUCCCAUUACCAGCUGGAGCUGCAGUGCUGCAUCGACUGGACACACGUGACAGACCCUCUCAUAGGCUGCAAGAAACCCGUGUCUGCAUCAGAGAAGGAGAUGGAGUGGGCACAGAUGGCCUGUCAUCGAUGUCUGGUGUAUCUGGGAGAUCUGGCUCGCUAUCAGAAUGAGCUGGCAGGCGUGGACACCGAGCUGCUGGCUGAGAGAUUUUACUAUCAAGCCCUUUCUGUUGCACCACAAAUUGGAAUGCCCUUCAACCAGCUGGGGACGUUGGCAGGGAGCAAAUACUACAAUGUGGAAGCGACCUACUGCUACUUACGCUGCAUCCAGUCUGAAGUGUCCUUCGAAGGUGCCUAUGGGAACCUGAAGAGGCUCUAUGACAAGGCAGCCAAGAUGUAUCAUCAGCUGAAGAAAUGUGAAACCAGAAAGUUGUCUCCAAGCAAGAAACGAGGAAAAGACAUUAAGAGGUUGCUGGUGAGCUUCAUGUACCUGCAGAGUCUUUUGCAGCCAAAGAGCAGCUCUUUGGAUUCUGAGCUGACAUCUCUCUGCCAGUCUGUGCUGGAGGAUUUCAACCUGUGCUUGUUCUACCUGCCCUCUCCUCCUAACCUGAGCUCAACUAGUGAAGAUGAAGAGGAGUAUGAGAGUGGCUACUCCUUCCUUCCUGAUCUCCUGAUCUUUCGCAUGGUGAUCAUCUGCCUGAUGAGCGUUCACAGCCUCAAAAGGGCAGGUUCCAAGCAGUACAGUGCAGCCAUUGCCUUCACGCUGGCCCUCUUCUCUCACCUGAUAAAUCACGUCAAUAUUCGCCUCCAGGCUGAGCUAGAAGAAGGGGAAAAUCCUGUCCCAGCCUUUCAGAGUGAUGGCACAGAUGACCAGGAGCCACGGGAGCCUGUGAACUCAAUUGAGAAGGAAGCUGAAGCUGAGUUGGCCAACCAUCAGCCUAGUGAGGAGCAGCAGAAGAAUGACUGCAAGAAAAGCAAAAAAUACUCUCGUCUCUCCUGUCUGCGCCGCCGCCGCCACCCCCAGAAGGCAGAUGAGAGCGACCUGAGUGAGGGCUUUGACUCUGACUCCAGCCAGAGCUCUAUCAAGGGCAGUGAUGGCUCAGAGAGUGGUUCAGAGAAGAGUGAUGAGGAAGCAGAAGCUGCUUUUGAUGUGGAGACAGACUCUGACAUGAACAGCCAAGAAUCUCGGUCUGACUUGGAGGACAUGGAGGAUGAACCGGGUGAGGAGGGAAGCAGCCAAGGCAAAAGUGGGCCCAAAGAGGCCUUAAACUGUGUGGAUGGCAGUGGGCUGGGGGACUCCAAGAGCCCAAGCAUCCCUAAAACUGAGUCUGUGGAUCCAGCAGUCAAUGGGCCAGCUUCCCUGAGCGCUAAUGAUGCAAGCAUAGCCAGUAAUCUCCAGGCCAUGUCCACCCAGCUGUUCCAGACCAAACGCUGCUUUCGCUUGGCUCCCACCUUCAGCAACAUCCUCCUGAAACCCAGCAGUGAACCAGCUGCCAUGAAGGAUGGCGUAGAGAGCAAGCCAUGUGUCAAUGGAGAUCUGGAGAAGCUCAGCUUGGCUGAGCAAG